UCAGUACCACAAGCGGUAACCCUGAGCAACACUCGGGCUUACCAUGCGGCAUUGCUCAGGGAUUCCCUGCAGCACUUACCUUGUCCUUCGCUCCCACGGUGUGUCCCCUGCAGCAUCACCGGCCAUCUCCUCCGGCCGAUGCCGGCAUCUGGCUUCCGUGUUCCAGCCCCUGUGACGUCAGGACGUACAGGCACCAGAACCGGCGGCAAAUUUGAAAGUUUUAAAAAAUACCAUUUCACAUACAUUUUGUCCCUACUGCUUUGUCCUGUGCCCUGCCUGCAUUUUUACUGUUCU